GGUUUAUGCUCACUUGCUUACAGGGCAGGGGCGCCACGGCCAUGGUCUGCGAGUUGAAUGUAUGGUAUACAUGAUCCUCCCGCCAGCUCAGGAAGCGACGCUCAGCCGCUUCAAUGAAAGAGCAGCUCAAGGUUAGGCGGGGGCAAUCAAAAGGUUGAAGAACAUUGGGAUCGGGCAUGCGACCCCGGCGCUAUACGUGUGGACUGUUGGUCACAAUGGGAGGGAACACAAUGGCACCUGGUCCCGGGCAGGGAGACAGCGCACACUGGUACUUACUAGGGUUCUCUCUCAAGCCGCUGCAGAAGAUGAUGCGGGACAUGAGCGCGCAGGUUCCAAGGAUCAUACACCAGGCGUUCUUCGCACCAAAAGUUCACAACCUGCAGCAGCUGGAGCCGUGGCUGGAACGCGCCAACGCCAUGCAAGAGUACGCAGCUCAGUGGGGCUAUACUUACAUCCGGUGGGACUUGUCCAGCUCAAACGAGCUUGAGAGGCUUCUGGGGUCUGAGGGAUUUCAGCUGCUGCAGUUGGAGAUCAGCAAAGAGCACCUUGCUUCUGCUGCCAAUCUGGUUCGCUACGUAGUUCUUGAGGAGCACGGAGGUUUCUGGAUAGAUCUGGACUAUAGCCUGCCCAAGGAUCAUACAACGGGAGAACUGAUUGACCUUCUGGACGUGUUUUCUCCUAGUGGGGCUACCUUCGUUCCGGAGGCUUCGUGCAGAAACAUAGAGAAGAGUGCGAUCUUCGUAGAGACGUCGCUCUUUUCGUGCCCUCCCCACCACCCUAUCAUCAGAAGGAUGAUUGCGAGCCAGAUCCAGAAUUUCGAGGUGACAAACGGAGUCGACUUGGCGAAGAGGGGAGGCAGCUUUGUUCAGACGGGCACCAUGCUGUUCAAUAAGGUUCUGUUUGGAAAAUACACUUUGAUUGACAGGCAAACUCUGGACACCAUAAUGAGUCGCUAGACUACGUACGUACCUUUGCCUUGCCACAGUCUCUGAGAUCUUUUGUAACUGAUUGUACAUUUGUUUGUCAAUCUUAGAGGUAGAGAAUGAAUCUUUUUGUGCAUACGGUACCGUAUUCUAGGGAGAACUUUCACUGUCUCGUCCUUACGAGGUCAACAAACCAGACCACAGGACUCGAUCAUGCAAUUGUUUGAAUGGGUGUAGUAGCACUCAUUCAAAAAUCAAGGCCAG